CUUUUCGUGCCCGGCGCUUCUCUUCAGCCACCAUGCUGACCAUUCCUUUCAUUCUGGCUGCUGGCAGCCUGCCCACUCUCAUUUUUGGGGCUCCUAUCCCGUCCUCUCCCUUCAGCAAAUCUGCUGCAGAAGUGUCCACACAUUCCUUUCCCAAGCGCGCCUACAGUGUCCUCGGUGGUACCGGAGCAGUUUCCGAUGGUUGGCCCUCGAUGGAAGACUGGUACUCGAGCUUCGAGGAGAUGUUUGAGGCCAACAAGGAAAUCUUGCAAAGUUCAUGCGCCCAGUGGGACGUCGCCAACAACUCCGACGAUGAGAUCGAACUGAUCGCUGAAGGUGUCAAGUCUGUGGCUAGCUCCUCCGGUGUCGAUGCUCGAUUCAUCUUUGCCAUUAUCUUGCAAGAAAGCAACGGUUGUGUUCGCGUCCCCACCACCGAUAACGGUGUCGUCAACCCCGGUCUCAUGCAGAGUCACGAUGGCGCUGGAUCUUGCAACAGUGGCAGUGGUGUCCAGAGCCCCUGCCCGGCCAGCGAGAUUACACAGAUGAUUACCGACGGAGCCGCAGGUACCUCUGCCGGUGACGGACUGAAGCAGUGUCUGGCCAAGGCAACUGGCACUGGUGUUACUGCCUACUACCAGGCCGCUCGUCUGUACAACUCUGGCUCCAUCUCAUCUACUGGUAACCUCGGUCAGGGUAUUGCAACCCACUGCUAUGUGUCCGAUAUUGCCAACCGUCUGACCGGAUGGAGCUCGGGCGCAAGUAGCUGUGACGCUGAAACCAUCGGGGAACUUACCAGUGCCGUCAGUAGCGCGUUCUCUGAAAAUGCUGGUCUGGGUGACUCUACCACCACUAGCUCCAGCUCCACGACUGUUGCUGCUGCUACUACUACUGUUGCUGCUACUACUACUACUACUACUACUGUUGCUACUACUACCACCGCUCCUGCUACUACCACCACCGCAGCACCCACCACUAGCACAACCACAGUCACCAGCACAUCCACAACCACGUCUAUUACCACAGUCACUGCUACUGUCGUUCCUAUUCCUGCCACGACCAGUACCACACCCUCCUCCACCACUGCCACUUCUGUGGCGUCCUCUUCGUCCGCCUCCUCUACGGCCGCUCCUAUUUACCCGUACGCUACAUCCUCAUGCCAGAAGUACUAUACCGUCCAAGAGGGUGACUACUGUCUCAAGGUCGAAGCGAAGGUGGGCAUUACCGCCGCGCAGCUCCUGGAGUGGAACACUGGUCUGGAUGAGGCCUGCACGAAUCUAUGGCUGGGAUACCAGUAUUGCAUCAAAGCUUAAGACUUCUCUUUCUUCUAUUCUCUUCGAUUCCCUUUCGUGACUUCCUUUUGACAAGGCUGUGCCAUGUGACUGUACAUAUCAAGAGGAUGCCUUUUUGUGAAAAGAAAAAAAGAAAAAAAAAAAUUGUCGACAGUGAUGUAGCUAGACUGCCCUGUCAUCUUGACUUCUUUGUGAUGAAUUUAUGAACCGAUAAAAUCAAUGGAUUUGCCAUGUCUCUACUACCCAUUGUAGCCGAAAUUUCUGUAUUAAGAUAGUAAUCGAGAUUAAAGCCGAUAGAGAUGC